CAGACGUUGAACCAUGAACGACGAGGCGCACUGGCCCCCAUCACCUCGAUCCCGGGAUCUGCGGGCGUUGCUCGCGUCGCUGCCUGAGCUGGGCCGACCUCCAAAGAGCACAGCGAGUGUCGCCAUCGAUCCUACUCGGCAAGUGCCAGAGAUGUUGUCGUCCAUGUUUCUCACAGAUGAGCUCCUGCAUAUGCGAAAAGAGAUACGCGAGCAAGCCGCGCUCCUACAUGCCAAGCUCGGCGCGAUCGAGCGGCUUGAAACCGAGAACGACGCGCGUGCAAAGGCGCUGGCCGACCGCGUCGACAGCCUCGAGCGCCGCCACGACGAAGCGCGGCUUGGUUUUGAGAAGAUGCUCCAUGCAUUGACACAAAGCGUCGAGGCCAAGCUUGGUACGCCUCGAGACCAUCUCGACAUCGCGCCAAUACUGUCUGGACUAGACGCUUUGGAGCAGCGUGUGGCUGCGCAGAGCAGUCUCCAGUCGCUCAACGAGGACCUUGGUCGGCUCAAGCUCCAUGAGAAGCAAGCGGCGGCGGCCGAGCUCGACCACCAAUUUCAGCAUCUCGCCGAUCAAAUUUCACGUGAAGCACGGUGCGUCGCAGCCGUCGCGACGCAGCACGACCAGCUGGUGGCCAAGAUGAGCGAGUUGGAGGCUGCUUGGCAUGCCAGCGCAGCGCUCUACGACAGUCGCAUCACGCAGACGCUCGAGCUCGCCAAUGCGCUCAACGCCGGCCAAGGGCUCUUGGAGGAAGCGUACAAGCUCGAGACGCAAAAGACGAUCGCGAGCUUGCGCAAACACCACGAUCGCGUGGAGCGCGAGUCAAGUAAGCUUCACGCUGCCCACGACACGCAGCUGCUGCAGCUUGAAGUGUUGAGCCGCGAGCUCCACACGAUGCGCGACUUCACGCAGCGGACCUCGGACGAGCUCAAGGAUGUCGUGAUCGGCGUCCGCAUGCAAAGCAACAGCAACACGUCGGCGCUGCGAACGCUCGCAGAAGAGAUCCUCAAGCUCAAGCGCCAUCGCGCCGAGGAAUUUCGGCGGGCGUCGUUCGAGGAGCUCCAAAAUCAUCGCGACGACACGAGCGACGAUGUCGUGACCGUCCUCAACAAGGCGCUGCUGCAGUCGUCGUAUGCCGCCUUUGUUCCGACAAAGCGAGGUCCGUCGCACAAGUAGCAAGUAACACGUACUCAACGAUGCGCGUGGGAUGAACGCUCGUCCGUGCGUCAUCAUCGUAACAGAAGCAA